AUGUCUGACGUCGAGGUUGAAAUCGAAGAACAGCAGGAACAGGUCUACGUCUACGAGGGCUUCACCAAGCUCCCUGCUGACGUUGUUGCCGAAUCUGGCGCCAUCAAGCUCUUCAACAAGUGGUCCUUUGAUGAUGUUGAGGUUAAGGAUAUCUCCCUGACGGACUACAUCCAGAUCAGACAGCCCGUCUACCUCUCACACUCUGCUGGCAGAUACGCCUCCAAGAGAUUCCGCAAGGCUCAGUGCCCCAUUGUUGAGCGUCUCACCAACUCCUUGAUGAUGAAUGGCCGCAACAACGGCAAGAAGCUCUUGGCUGUUCGCAUUGUCCAGCAGGCUCUGGAGAUUAUCCACCUGCUGACUGACCAGAACCCUCUCCAGGUUCUUGUUGAUGCUAUUGUCAACACUGGCCCAAGAGAAGACUCUACCAGAAUCGGUUCUUCUGGUACCGUCAGAAGACAGGCUGUCGAUGUCUCUCCUCUUAGAAGAGUCAACCAGGCUAUUGCCCUCCUCACCAUUGGUGCUCGUGAGGCCUCCUUCAGAAACAUCAAGACCAUUGCUGAGUGCCUUGCUGAGGAGCUCAUCAACGCUGCCAAGGGUUCCUCCAACUCUUAUGCUAUUAAGAAGAAGGAUGAGCUUGAGCGUGUUGCCAAGUCCAACCGUUAA